UGAAGACACAGACCUACACAUAAAAAUGUGCAGACUGAUCCGUCAGCAGCUGAAGACCUGCUGGGAAUCCUGCAACCUAACAACAGUUUCUAAUGACACAUCCGGUCAUGUUUAAUAAUGAGCUUCGUGUCCUCAUCCAGCACCGCUACCUUGUGUUCCCAGUGUGUGUGUUUGUGUUUGUGUGUGUGCACCGUUAGCGUGUAAACAUCAACUCAAACGCGUGGACUGUAUCUGGAUGUUGCGCAGUAGCGACCUCUACCACACUUCCUGUGUUCGACAAAUAUCAUUCCGACGCUUCUCCUGCCAACCAACAUUCGUUCCUCUUAUCUUUAACAUAUUUUUACUCGCAGGCUAAGAUGACAACUUCCUCAAAUUUAUAUAUGUAUAUAUAUACUGUGGCGGAUAAAGUAGUUUUUGCAAUUUACUUCAGACGUACGGACAGCAACCGAGACAGUAAUUGCUAGCAGGAAGUGAGACUCCGUGCGACCACAAUGAAGAAGCUAACGUUAGCUUAGCUGAGUUAGCGUUCACAGCGACGUCGUUAGCGCGUUGAAACCGGUUCCUAUUUUCAUAAAAAAUAGAAUGGACCUCGGAAACGCAGGCGGGGACGAAAAUGCAGCCACAACUGUGUGCACUGACGGGAGCCAUCAGCCUCGGGGGUCCAGCAGGCCAAAGAGGAAACUGAAAUCCAACUCCGCUCAUGCAUCAUCAGUACCAGAAGACCUGGACGAAGAGCCUGAGAGGCAAAGGCACAAUUCUAAAAGAGUGAAAAGAAACAAACCUUCAGCAGUGGACGCUGCUGCACUGCCAUCGAAAGAGUACCUUGCAGAGGGAUCAGAGCACAUCUUUCGCACCCACACCUGCCCCAAGUGUCGGCGCUGCUUCAAGAUGCGCUCCCACCUGCAGGAGCACCUCCAUCUACAUUUUCCUGACCCCAGCCUCCAGUGUCCCACCUGCAAGCGUUACUUCACCAGCAAGAGCAAGCUACGCAUACACAGACUCCGUGAGGCGGGGGAAAAGGCUCACCAUUGCCACCUGUGUGAGUAUUCGGCCGUCGAGCGGAAUGCAGUCCGCCGCCACCUUGUCAGCGUGCACGCCGAUGAGGCAGAAGACGGCGUUAACAGUCACAGCUAUCCUUGCCCCACCUGUGGCCAAAGCUUUCGCCAGAGCAGGUCGCUUAAGGCUCACAUGAAGACGCACAACAUCCUGUCCGACAGCAAGCCGGUGGCCUGCUUCCAGGAGGGCUGUUCAUUCCGGAGCUCUCUGCGCAAAGAACUUCUCAAACACGCUGCCGAAGAGCACGGGGUCAGGGCUGUGGAAUGCCGUCAUCACGCCUGUGGCGCCAUCUUUCAAUGCGAGACGGACAUGGAGGCUCAUUAUCGGACACACCUCGCCUACCACUGCUCCCGCUGUGAUUUUUCCUGCUCCAAUAAGAGCGUCUUCCUCCAGCACCGGCGGCACGGUCACCCAGGAAACGACGAGCUCGGCUGUGACUUCUGCCCCUUCGUCACAUUUAACCCCGUGGAGUUUGAGCAGCACAUCGGACACCUGCACGCCAACGAGAAGAUCCACCGCUGCUCUCAGUGCAGCUACGUGACGUCGCAUAAGCGUGGCUUGAAGCGACACAUGCUGAUGCACAGCGGUGAGAAGCCCCACAAGUGUAGCCUGUGUGACUUCAGGUGCCGCGAUGAGUCCUACCUCUCUAAGCAUAUGCUCACUCACUCCGACGACAAGAACUUUAUGUGCGCUGAAUGUGGAUACGUCACGAAAUGGAAACACUAUCUGAAUGUCCAUAUGAGGAAACAUGCUGGAGACCUCAGGUAUCAGUGUGAUCAGUGCCCCUACCGCUGUCACCGCAUGGACCAGCUAAAUAGCCACAAAUUACGACAUCAGGCCAAAUCACUCAUGUGUGAGAUCUGUGCUUAUGCCUGCAAGCGCAAGUAUGAGCUUCGCAAUCACAUGUUGGCAAAACACUCUGGGGAGGAGAAACAGCCAUCCGUCUAUAAGUGCAAAUACUGCACAUACACUACCUGCUACAGACAAGCCCUUCAAAACCAUGAGAACUGCAAACAUACCAAGCUGAAAGAGUUUCGGUGUGCCCUCUGCUUCUAUUCCUCUUUCAGUAGCAUCAGCCUCUUCCUGCACAAGAGGAAAGCUCACGGGUACGUUCCUGGGGACAAAGCCUGGCUAGAGAACUACGCCGCAAAGGACAAGGAGAGGAAGUCAACUGAGUUCUUGCAGGAUUUUUACAAUAAGCCCUCAGCAGCUCAUGAGCAGUCUGAACAGUCCGCUUCUGAAGGACCUCCUCACAGAGAACAAUCCGAUCCUCCUGGCUCAGCAGGCCACAGCGCCAGCAGAGAAACUGUUUCACGAACUGUGGAUUCUGUGGAUGUGUUUGAUGUUGUUUCUCAAGAGGUUGUUAACGAAGGUAUUUCAGAUAGUCCCCCAUCUGUGAACAGUCCUGAGGAGUACUGUACUCUCGUUUUAACGACACUGUCGACCACUGACUAUCAGACCCACCCAGGGGAUUGUGCAAAUCAAACUCCAAGCUCACCCGGUUUAAAUUGUAAAGGGUCUGACAUAUCACAAGAGAAGGCAGACCUCUCUGCCUCUUCAUUAGAGGAGGACGAUGCAGCUGUGGCAGAUGCAGAAUGUGAACAAAGUGACUUGGAUGACAACUACGAGCCUCUGAAUAAUACAAGCCAACCAGAUGAAGCCGCGGAGUGUCCGACUCAAGCACAGAAUGAUGGUGGAACGAUCAGUUCCACUUUUCCAUCUGGGCAAAAGCAGCCAUCAGAAUCUGAGCUCCGGCUGAGAGCUAUGAAGAAACAUGACAAGGACCAAGCUGAAGCCAUGGUUUUGGAGGGACGGGUGCAGAUGCUCGUGGUGCCAACUAGAGACGUUUAUCGCUGUGACAAGUGCUCUUAUGUAACCAGUAAGGAGACCGCUUUGAAGUACCACUGCCAGGCUUUGUGCCGUGGUAGGAUAAAGGGACACGAGUGCCAGGCCUGUGGUGCACACUUCAAACAGAGGCGAGGCCUCGAUAGCCACAUUGUGAAAAAAUGCCCUGCGCUUUCGCGAAAAACAAGAACAUUUGGGGGCAUUUCAAAUACGUGUUUGGCUACAGAAGACAACUCUGCUGUAGCUCGGGAAGGAACCAAACAACCGGAUGAGGGAACAAAUGACGAUCAGACCGAGCUUCUGUCUUCACAAAACGAUGAUUCAAAUGAUCAGGAAUUUCAUCAGCGAGAGGAAGAAGUAUGCACGUGUCAUUUUAAAAACUGUAAAGGCUUUGUUUGUAAUGUUUUGACAUCCAAUAAAUCAGUACACCAGCAAAGCAAAAUUCAGACAAAAAACCUUACAAAAAAGCAGUUAUUUUUAACUAAUAAACAAGGAAAUGUUCCGCGGCAGAAGUCCCUGUACUCUGAAGAAGAUGGGAAAUUCAAAUGCAAUCUGUGCAACUUUUCAUCAGUCAGGCUUGUAACAGUUGAACGGCACCUCUCGACCUGCAGGAAGAAAAGUAAAGGAGGGAAUCAGAUCAUUUCAAAAGUGGAGUGUGGUAAUGAGCCAGUGAACGUACAGGAGGACUUGGCGGAAGAGUACAGUAAAAGAACUGGGAAAGUUUCUGAGAAACAUCAAGCCUUCUCUUGUCCAAGCUGCGCAUUUAAGUGCAAUCAGAAAAGGGCGUUGGACAGUCAUGAAAAGAGAGGCUGCUUGAAGCCAGAUGAAAUCCAGUGCACCAUGUGUUCAUUUGUGGCCAAAUCAAAAAUGUCUUUAACCCGUCACAUCCUCUAUGUUCAUAACAAAAAAAAGUUUGCCAUUGCUAAAUCUAAACGCUUGCAUUGCCAGCACUGUACUUUCACCUGCAAACACCAGCGGCGCAUGGCGCAACAUGUUGCCCUCAAACACAAAGGUGCACGACCUCACCGUUGUCGGUAUUGUUCUUUUAGCACCUCAAGGCGCUAUCGCUUGGAAGAGCACGAGUCUCUUCACACAGGGAUCGGUCGUCACAGCUGCGAUAUUUGCAACAAGACCUUUGGGGCUGUGACCAAAUUGCGUCAGCACAAAGUGCGCAUCCACGACAAACGGCCUACACACUUCUGCUCGCUCUGUGACUUCAGUGGCUACACGCUGGACGACGUGAAACGGCACAAUCUUAGAUGCCACACGGGGGACUUGCACCAUGCUUGCACUCACUGUGAUGCUCAGUUUAGUUCAGAAGUUGCACUAAGAAACCACUGCAAACGUGUCCACCAGCUCCAGGUCUGUUUCUCAUGCAAGCAGUGUGACUACACCUGUAGCACCGAGGUCACACUGAAGACACACCAAGACAGCAAGCACCCUCAGGUGAAAUGCACCGCCUGCCAGGAGUCUUUUGAAACAAAGGAAACCCUCGAGAUUCACCAGAGAACCCACCUGGCACAUCAGUGUCGGCUGUGCCCCUUCGCUUCCAAAACAAGGCAGCUCCUAGCUCAACACCUUCUGAAUGAUCACGAGGAGGGAUCUCCAGAGGACAAGCCUCUCAGGUGCAGCACCUGUCAGUUUGCUUGUCGGCACCAGCUGGUGUUAGAGCAGCACCUCCGUUCACACGGAGGCAAGCGUCUGUACAAAUGCACAGACUGCGAGUAUUCAACCCAGAACAAGCAGAAGAUCACGUGGCACAUCCGCAUACACACCGGGGAGAAGCCUUACAGCUGUGAGCAGUGCACUUACACCUGCACCGACCCGUCUAGGUUGAAGCUUCACAUGAGGGUUCACCGAGAGGAGAAGAAGUACCUUUGUCCGGAGUGCGGCUACAAAUGCAAGUGGGCGACUCAGCUGAAGUACCACAUGACCAAGCACACAGGGGACAAACCUUAUGUCUGUGAUGAGUGUGAGUACCGCACUAACAGAGCGGAUGCUCUCCGUGCCCACCGGGACACGCAGCACUGCGACAUGCGCCCAUAUGUCUGCGAGAAAUGCGGCAAAGCCUUCAAGACUACUUUUAUACUGAAGACCCACCAGCGUCAACACAGUGACGAUCGGCCAUACGCGUGCGGCUUGUGCCACAAGGCCUUCCGGUGGCCGGCGGGUCUGAGACACCACUACCUCUCGCACACCAAGCGGCAACCUUUCUGCUGUCGCCACUGCUCCUACAGAGCCAAGCAGAAGUUCCAGGUGGUCAAGCAUUUGCAGAGGCACCAUCCAGAGAUGUCAGUAGAGCAGGGGGUGGUGAGGGACUCUGACGCUGUUAGCCUGACCCUGAAAGAGGCCUUGCUGGGGACACUGGAUGAGAGAGCAGCACAAGCGGAAGGGACGGCUGAAGAGGUGCAGGAAGUUGUUGAAAAGGCUGUGCAAAGAGGGGAAGACGGCAAGGCAAAACGCUGACGAGAGGGCACAGGAGAUGCAUGUGGUCAGACUGUAGAUCACUAUCAUCGCCAACAGGGAGUUCACAGACAGUAUCUGUCAAUGUAUAUGUGACCACUUGAUUUUAUUGUACUAAAUUGUAAAAGGAUAAUAAAAAAACAUCAGUACAUAUUGUUAAGUGAGAGAAUGUAAAUUGAAAGGAAGGUUUCAUGUAUUAUAUGUGUACCUGAUGUGUGUAUAUAUAUAUGUAUGUAUGUCCGUUAAUCAGAAGGUCGGCCGUUCCAGGAAUGUUAGUUUCUGU